AUGUCGCAACGAAUCCCCAAGGCUGAUUCCUCAGUCUCCCCAUCAGGCCCGGUGUAUCCUGACAUCAAUACCUUGCGUCAGGCAAUUCCGAAGCAUUGCUUUGAGCCGUCAGUGUUCACGUCUAUGAGCUACUUGGUCCGUGAUGUCGUUUUGAUUGGUACGCUUGGCUGGGCUGCCGCUCACUACAUUCCCUCUAUUGAUGACGCGACCUUGAGGGCAACUGCCUGGAUACUUUAUGGCUUUGGCCAAGGCCUCAUCUGCACAGGACUCUGGAUCCUGGGCCACGAAGCUGGCCACGGGGCAUUUUCCAAGCACCCUCUUCUCAACGAUGUCGUUGGCUUCUUGACUCACUCAAGCCUGAUGGUACCUUACUACUCAUGGAAGUUUUCACACCACCGCCAUCACAAGUUCACAGGACACAUGGAAAAGGACAUGGCCUUUGUCCCCAAGAAGCGUGCAGACUAUGAAGCCCGUCUCAGUCUUUUCAACAUGGAAUUCCUCGAAGAUACGCCCGUCUUCCAAGCCAUUUCGCUCAUUUUCCACCAGCUCUUUGGUUGGAUUUUCUAUCUGCUGUUCAACGUCUCGGCUGGAAGCGACAGCCAGCAGAAGCCGACAUCUAGCCUCUUGGGCCGCAGUCAUUUUGAUCCCAACAGCGCCGUCUUUCGUCGAAGCGAGGCUCCGUAUAUUGCCUUGUCUGACGUCGGACUGGGACUCAUGUUUUUAGCCCUAUACAAACUUUCCGGUGUUAUUGGCACGCAAACAGUAGUACUCCUCUAUCUGCAACCCUACGUCUGGGUCCACCACUGGCUGACUGAAGUCGCCAUCACCUAUCUACAUCACACUCACGUAGAUGUUCCUCAUUUCGAAGCUGAACACUGGACUUUUGUCAAAGGCGCACUGGCCACUGUCGAUCGCGACUUUGGCUUCAUUGGGCGCCACCUCUUCCACGGCAUCAUUGAGCACCACGUUGUUCACCAUUUGUUCCCCCGAAUUCCUUUCUACUAUGCUGAAGAAGCCACCGACGCCCUGAAGCCUGUCCUUGGAGACCUGUAUCAUCGGGACGAUCGCUCCUUCCUCGGGCAAUUGUGGUCAAAUUUUACACAGUGUAAAUAUGUUGCAGCUGAUGAGUCCGUUCCCGGUGCUCUCAAGUGGGCGCAAAAGUCAAACUGA